AUGGUGUUAUCCUCUUCUUCCAUCAUCAAGAGUGGAUAUUUACAACAAAAGGAAGGAAGUUUAUUUAAUCGAUGGAAACGCUAUUGGUUUGUGUUGACACGAGAGGGAAAAUUAUUGAAAUUCAAAAAAGAGUUGGAGGAGAAGGAGGAUUCUCAUCGGAGUGCUUCUCCGCAGCCUCUUCAAGAAUAUGAUUUAACGAGCAACAUGAACAGCAGUCAUGGAGAGUCGACAACAACUCAACCGUUGUCGUUAAGGAAUGAAAUACAAAGUGCGAGAAAUAUUUGCGGAAAGAAUUAUAGUAUGGCGAUUACGGUGGUGGAACAUCAUGACAGCUGUCAAAGAUCGAGUACACAAACGACCUCAUCUUCUAGCUUAAUCAUGUUGGUAGCUGAAAAUGAAAUGGAAUAUGAAGAAUGGUUUAAUGUUAUAUACAGAACAAUUUGCGGGUCACACAAUUCCAAUUUUGGUAAUGUGUCAAAAGAAUGUCAAAACUCAGUGAGCUAUCACAUGGAAACUAUCCUGAGCGCAAUUUUGGAUGCUGCCGUUAUUUCAGAUUCUAUAGGAACCAUUCUCUCUGUCAACGAUGCCAUGACGACUUUAUUUGGCUUCUCCAGAGAGGAACUCAUUGGACAAAGUGUCAACAUUCUAAUGCCCUCUCAACUCGCACGAGUUCACGACGAUUACAUGAAGCGUUAUCUUCAACGGAGAGAUAAGAAAUUAAUUGGAAAACCAAGAACUCUUCUCGGAAAACGAUCGAAUGGUGUCACAUUCCCAGUCGAACUCUCUUUGGGUGAAAUGACCAAUUCGACGUUGGAGAAAUCAACACCUGCUUACAUUGCAGUGUUUCGAUCGAAAAUUGAAAAUGAUCAGUUUGUGAGUCAUGCCAUCGAUGAACCAUUCAAUGCUGCUGAAAUGUCAAAACAAGCAUCCAAUGAGGAUGGUGACAACAUCAAUUCAUUUGACAAACAGAGUCCCAAAUCACCUAAAUCACCAAAAUCAUCCGUCUCAACUUUGGAUUCAGUAUGGACAUCCACUCCACACCAACCUCCACACAAAAACUCCUUAACGAACCAUACCAAUUAUAUAGAAUACGAUGACCUUGAUGAUGAUCCCAUGCACUACACACGUCCUCACAGUGGUCAUCACAAAAAUGGUAAAAUUUCAGAUGAAGCUACUGCAACCAAUUCAACCAAUAGUUCAUCUCCGUCGAGUGCCUCAACAACACCCUCUUCUCCACAACAACACCAUCUCUCACCUCACCACCAUGGUGACGAAAUUCUUCAUGACAUGGAACAAUGGGUUGUGGAGUCGAGAAAGAUGAAUUCUUUCCAACAUGAACACGACGGAAAGGAUUUUGAGCUUGUGGAUUCACUUCUUCAGGAAUUGGAUUCACAUCAAACACAAUUUGCACAGAGAUUGCACUCUAUGGAAUUUUCUUGUCAAAAAACAUACGAAAAGGAAUUUAAAGAACUUGAAUUGAAAUAUCAAACGUUAAAACAUCAUUACAAAUUCAUGGAAGAUGAAAAUAAGACUCUUCAACAACAUUUGGACUGUUUUCAUGAAUCUCUUCGACUUUAUCAAGCUGAAAUGAGUAUUUUACAAAUUGGCAAUGAUUACAUGGAUGGAAUCAUGUUGAAGGAUCUUGUCAAAGAAGAUGUCAUUUAUCGUAGUGUGUUAAAAACCAUUGCCAAAGAAGAGCAUCAAUUGAAUUUACUGAAAUUCUUGAGAAAAGUAUUGAAAUAUCAAGAACAAUAUUCACCCUCGAUGGAAGAUGGUGGUGAGGACAGAACAUUAAUGGAGAAACCCAAGUCAGAAAAAAUGUAUGAUUUUACCAACAAUUGUGAAACAGAAUAUUUAGAGAAAAAGAAACGAAUGAGACAAGAUGCUACUUCAAUUCUUGAAAAAUUCUUUUCUUUUUCCUCAAUGGUUCAAAAUAAUGACACUCCUCAUGAACACUCACAAGAAUUGAAUCAUGCUCAAUCCAUGCCUUUAUUGAGUCAUUCAAAAAAGGAUACACCAAAUCAAAGCAACAACACCAACUCAACCAAGAUUAACCUCUCCUCCACCUGUGAAGAUUUGUUACAACUUCAUUCUCAAUUUCCAACCUUUGGAAUGUUUGACAUGGCCAUUUCGGAAGUGAUGGAUCGAUUGAAAGCAGCUGACAUUCUCAAACAAACCGAAUCUGAGAAACAACAAGAACCUUCACAAAAAGAGACAGCCUCAAAUUUACAAGAAAAAUCCAGUGGCACUGUUGGUGACUCUGAAUUGCAUUACAAAGAAGACAUUCAAAGUGGAAAUAAGAGUUACACUUCAAAUGUGGACAAGGAAAUGAAACAAGCAAAAGAUAUUGAUAGUAAUAUUGGCAGUAACUCUCCAGCACCUCAAUGGAGACUUUAA